AUGAUUCGUCUUCUGUUUCUGUUGAUAAGUCUUCACAGCCUUGAAUGUCCCCCCGACACAACUGAGUAUGAAAAUUCUUGCAUUCCCAGCUCUUGUCUCUUUAAUGGAACAAUUUGUGGUGGUCAUGGAACCUGUGACGAUUACGGAGUUUGUAAUUGCGAUGAAAAGUAUUCUCCAACUCACAGUGGCUGCCAGCCGGCUGCAUGUGUAGACGGGACGAUUCUUUGUAACGGUCACGGAGAGUGUAGAGAGCAACCAAACGGUCGUUAUAAGUGCGAGUGUGACCCUGGCUAUGAGCUCUAUAAUUCGGUCUACUACUGCAUGCCUGAGAUCUGCAUCACUGGAACUUGGCUCUGUAACGGCAGAGGGAUCUGUAUUGUGGAUAGCGAGGAAGGACCGCACUGCCAAUGUGAUGAUACAUCUGAAGGCGAUCAGUGUGAGAUAUGCGCAAAGCGAGGUGUUCUUGUUGGGGACAACUGCAUUUACGACGAGUGCGUGACCACGUAUCCGGACGGCACCCAAGACGAGUGCGGAGGCGCGGGUAUCUGCAUGAGCUAUAAUUGGAGCUAUCUAUGCAGAUGUGAUCCCCUCGAUGCGAUCACACUGGGCCCAUUCACCUGUGUCUCCAAUAAUUGCAUCUCAGACAAUCUGAGUGAAGGUGUUUGCAAUAGACACGGGUAUUGUAAGAGGGAUAAGUGUGUCUGCGAUGACGGUUACGAUGGAAAGCUCUGUGAAAUCACGACAGUCGGGUGCGAGGAGGAUGAGACUCUGGUAGGUGGAACAUGCUACCCUACUAAGUGCCUCACCGAUUCAACCGGGCCCACCGUUAUUCUUUGCAAUAAUGUUGGCACUUGUAACUUUAGACGCAAGGAAUGUAAGUGCCCCACAGAGUACAGCGGAGAACAGUGCGAAGACUGUUCUCCUGGAGCUACAAGAGUGGAUGGUGCAUGUAUCGAUAAUGCAUGCAUUACAGACGAGUCGGAUGGUGGUGUAAGUGUCUGUAACGGACACGGCAGUUGUGUCAAAGGGGAGUCUGGAUCUGUGAGCUGCCGCUGUGACAGAGGCUACAGGAAUGUGAACACCCUUACAUGCGCAUCCAAGGACUGCGUCAGUCUCGCUUCUGUCCUUUGUAGUCAUCAUGGGCUCUGUGUCAACGAUGCUUGCCAGUGCGAGGACGGAUUCUCUGGAAAGCAGUGUGAGAACUACGAUAAUUGUCCCACAGAUUACCAAUAUGUCCUCGGCUACUGUGUGCCAAAUGUUUGCGUGACUACUUAUUCGGAUGGCUCCAAGACCGUCUGCGGAGGCUACGGACACUGUGUCGAAAAAGAAAGCGGCCACACCUGCGAGUGCAUUAAGGACGGCCGCUUCAUCAACGGCGCUUGCGUCAGUGACGCCUGUAUCACUGAUAAGGAAAAUGACAUAGUAUGCUCAAACAAUGGCCAGUGCAAGGGAGGAGUUUGCAGCUGUGACUCGACCCACCAGUCCCGUACCUGUGCAGUCAGCAGCUCCCAGUGA